GCAGAGGCAGCCAGGGUCCACCAUCCGCCAAGUUCCCGGGAGCUGAGCCUCCCGUCCUUCAGGGCCCCCUUCCCCUCGGAGCCCCGCAGCCCCAGGACACCGCCUCCGCCGGGCAUCAUCCGUUCCUGGAAGGAGCCAAGCGGCCGAGGGACCGGCGCCCUCCUUGCCUCCCUCCAGAGGCGGACCAGUGGCCUUGGCAGUGGCCGAGGGAGGAGCGAGAGAGCCCUGGCUGCUGCGGAGGGAAGGAGUCGGGAGGCGAGGCCUGGGCUGAGGAGGGGGCUGCGGGGGGCGAGGCUGGCCCCAGACCCUUCGGCCGCCGGCUCCUAUGGGCAUGAAACAUUCCUCCCGCUGCCUGCUCCUCAGGAGGAAGAUGGCGGAGAACGCCGCGGAGGGCGCCGAGGUUUGCAGUGGUCCUUCUGAGCCUCUUCAGCCUAUAGUCAUUCCAAAGCCUGUUCAAUCCAUCAUUCAUGUUCCUUUGCAACCGAGUUGCCCAGGUCGAGGAAAGAUGGCAAAAUUCUUGAAUCCAGAAGAGAUGACAUCAAGGGAUUAUUACUUUGAUUCAUAUGCUCACUUUGGAAUUCAUGAGGAAAUGUUGAAGGAUGAGGUGCGCACAUUAACAUACAGGAAUUCCAUGUAUCACAAUAAACAUGUGUUUAAGGAUAAGAUUGUAUUGGAUGUUGGAAGUGGCACAGGGAUCCUCUCAAUGUUUGCAGCAAAAGCAGGAGCCAAGAAGGUGUAUGGGAUUGAAUGUUCCAGUAUAUCUGACUACUCAGAAAAAAUUAUCAAGACGAACCACUUGGAUCACAUAAUCACCAUAUUUAAGGGCAAAGUGGAAGAAGUUGAAUUGCCUGUGGAAAAAGUAGACAUCAUCAUCAGUGAAUGGAUGGGUUACUCUCUUUUCUAUGAGUCCAUGCUGAACACUGUCAUCUUUGCUCGAGAUAAGUGGCUAAAACCUGGAGGGCUUAUGUUUCCAGACCGGGCUGCUUUGUACAUGGUGGCAAUUGAAGACAGGCAAUACAAGGACUUCAAAAUUCACUGGUGGGAGAAUGUGUACGGCUUUGACAUGACCUGUAUGAGGGAUGUUGCCAUGAAGGAGCCAUUGGUGGACAUUGUAGACCCCAAGCAAGUGGUGACCAACACUUGUUUAAUAAAGGAAGUGGAUAUUUAUACAGUGAAGCUGGAGGAACUGGCAUUCACUUCUACAUUUUGCCUCCAGAUUCAACGUAAUGACUACAUUCAUGCUUUGGUCACAUACUUUAAUGUAGAAUUUACCAAGUGCCACAAGAAAAUGGGAUUUUCUACAGCCCCGGAUGCUCCUUACACACACUGGAAGCAAACAGUAUUUUACCUGGAGGAUUACCUAACUGUAAGGAGAGGUGAAGAAAUCUAUGGAACCAUAUCCAUGAAACCAAAUGAAAAAAAUGAGCGUGACCUGGAUUUCACAAUAGACUUGGAUUUUAAAGGGCAGCUUUGUGAAACUUCUGUGUCUAAUGAAUACAAAAUGCGCUAGCAAUCAGCUCUCUUCCAAGGAGAAGAAAAGAACAGCACUUUUGUAUCUGUUCAAUGUCAGCCAGAAACAGUUACUUUACAAGAAUCCAGAAGGGUUUAUGAUGUUAUUGUGAUGGAAAGUUGGUAGACUUUUCUUCUUGCAGCACAAAGUGCCAAGUGGGUUCUGUUUGUGUUUGUAUGUGGGCUAACAUGAAUGUAUAGUAUUAUAUACAUAUAGUUUUUGCCAAGACAAACUAUAGGAACUGUCCUUUCUUAUUAGCUUUAGGGUGUGAUAAAACAAAUUAAAAAAUCCACUUGAAAUAUGGAUAUAGAGAGGGACGUGUUAAAUUACUAUCAAAUUUAUUUUUCCCCAAGCUUUGCAUGCUAUUUUUCUUACUAGAAUGACCUCUUAGGACUGUCUGUUGUGAAUAAAGGAGUGGAUUAUAUUGAGUUUUAAAAUAACAUUAUACCUUGUCUUUCAGAAAAAUCUGUAUUAUCAAAAACAGAAAUUUAUUUGUGAUUGUUUUCCAUUUAUUUCUAACUGGGGCAGCAUUGAUUGCAGUCCUCUUCACAUAUUGUUUUGAAAUCAUUAGAAGGUACAUAAGCAAAAGCCAAGGAUGUUGCUUUUAGUAGACAUUUUGGGAAAUACAGUGCUACCUCGGGUUACGAAAUUAAUUCGUUCCGCCGCUCCGUUCGUAACCCGAUACAUUUCGCAACC